UUUCGUCUCUGCUUUGUUCGCCAUUUUGAAGUCUUUUGGUUUGUGUGUGCGCGCGACAAAAUCUGUAAUGGCGCUAAGCAGCAGGGACUUGUUGGGUGUGCUGCGCUGCAGCUGCAACGAACCUUUUUGCGACUGUCGGCGGCACAUCGUUGUCUGUUCGUCGGACGACUCAGCAGAAAACUCCAGCCGUUGCGACUAUUACAACCACUGUCCAGGUACCCAUGGCAGAAUUACCGACUUGGAGCAAAAUACUGGAAUGGCCGAAGUACCCCAGCAGGGCCCACAGCCAGGUUGCCCGAAAGCUCUGCAUCGAAGUCGAACUCAAGUUUCAAUGCAAGAUUGGUGACCUGGAGGAAAAGCUAAAAGCAGUAGCAGAAGCGUUCACAUGCAAAGAGCAACGUGAGUGCAUAUUCAUCGACAUUGGAAGUGCUGAUGAAAUUAUAAGGAUCACAAGUGGAAACAUAGAGCGGGCCCUCAUGUUUUGCCUGCUUAUCUACUACAUAAAAAACCUGGAGUAUCCGCCUGCAUUCUCACCGACGCUUGUGCUGCUGCUGCAAAAAAAAGAUACCCUGCCGGAUACAACAGUGCCUCGUGGACUGCCCACACACCACCUGAAGAAUCUUCUCAUACUCUUGAAAAAGAAUUUGUGUCAAGUUCAAGAAACAAAUGUGCUAAGACAGGGUACGUCCCAAGAUGCUGGAGUAUGUUCUCAACGGAUGGCUUCAGUCUUUUUCUGAACUUCAGUGUAUUUGUUUCAUUUGUUGCAUUGAGUGUUGUCAAACUUAAAAUACUAUCUGAGUUACCAGUUUAUCUUAUGUUUGCUCGAGGUGAUACGAGAUGUUAGAUUUUACUAUGGUAUUUAGGGUGCAGGUAUAUGUUGGUAUACUCUUGGUGAUUCGGGCUGCAUUUCCUAAACUGAUACUGUGAAAACUGCAGGCGCAUGCACCUCACAUACUUAUAGGUUAGCACAGUCGUUUAAAAUCACGGCUUUCUUCCAUUUAUUUUGUAUUUGGCUACAAGCUUUGAUGGUCUUUGUGUUUUCUGUGCUGAUAGCACCAUUUUUGAGCUUCCAACAUGUGGCUGCUUUAAUGUCUCCUCAGAAAUGUGAUAGUCACAAUAUUACAUUGCCCCUCUUUACACCAGUUGUAUGCUUACUGCGGCAUUCAUAAAGAAGUCAAUCUGAGUUAAUACCUCACUUUAAAGAAUGGCUUUUUAUUGUGUGCAUAUUUUUGCAUCAUGAUAGCAGUGUCUACUUUUAUUUAUAUUGUGCGGGGAGCAAUCUUUUGUGGACUUUUUGGAAAUUGUGGUUUCAUGUGAGAACUUUGCUUUAUUACACGGCGCCUUCAUCCUGGUUCCUCUUUUCGCACUGCAAACAGUUAUAUAAUAUGAGCUCAGACUUAUAGUGCAUUAUAUGCAGCACUUAUUGUGAUAUAUAUUUGCUCUGUAGUACCUGUUCGCUACAUAAGAAAACUACUUCACAAAUAUAAUGCCUUGACCAUAUAUACAUCACCUGCAUAACGUAGGUUUUCUUUAAUAUUGCCUAGACUCAGGAAGUCAGGCUACAUUGUGUAAUACUAUGCGUCGUUGUGGGAAGUAUGCGUUGGUAUUGUGGUUAAGGUACAUUGUGUAUUUAUGUCUGUCAUCAGUGAUAUUAAAGGCGUUGAGUAUUUUUGAAUA